AUGAGUGAUGAAUCUCUUCAACUGCGGCAUCUUUGUCUUCCUUACCGGCCCUGGAGGGCCCAUCUCUCUCUGGAACUCCUUUGCUUCCUCUCUGCAGAUGACAACCACUCUGAGGUUGAAGACGGGACCAUCGUGGGAGGUGGAGGCAGUGCCGGCCGGAAGGCCUUCACGUCGGGCAUGAAGGAGAUGGCUGUGCUACGGGAGAAGGCCAAUGACCAGCACCGCCAGAUGGGCAAGGGCAGCAAGCAUCUGCCAGGCCCGGAGGACGCCAAGAAACUUCGGCCCCCAUCUCCCAGGACACCCUGCCAGCAGGAAUUGGACCACGUCCUGGAGCGGAUCUCCACCAUGCGCCUUCCAGAUGAGCGGGGCCCUCUGGAGCACCUCUAUUCCUUGCACAUCCCCAACUGUGACAAGAACGGCCUAUACAACCUCAAACAGUGCAAGAUGGCUGUGAAUGGGCAGCGUGGGGAGUGCUGGUGUGUGAACCCCAACACCGGGAAGCUGCUUCAGGGAUCCCCUACAGUCCGUGGGGACCCAGAGUGUCAUCGCUACUACAACGAGCGGAUGCAGUAAACCAUAGCCAGCCGGCGCCUGGCACCCCCACCACCUCUCCAAACCCAGGCAGAGAGAGGAGAGUGCUUGGGUGGUGGGUGGGGAGGAUUCCCCAGGAGGUUUGACACAUGUAUUUAUAUUUGGAAAGAGACCAGCACUGAGCUCGGCACACCCACCGCCUUGCCCCUCCGAGUAGGAGAGGCUGCACCCCCUUCUUGAGUCCCUGCUGGGAGGAAGGGGUGCGUGCAGAGGCAGAGUUGGGGUCCCGGUUUGGGAGGGGGAAAAAGAAAUUUUUAUUUUUGAACCCCUGUGUCUCUUUUGCUUAAGAAUAAAGAAAGGAAA